AUGCUGGACGAACCUCUUGCCUGGCUGGACUGUCUUAUACAGGAGUCAUCUGUGAAUGGCUCGCCUUUCGAUCACACAACGCCGAACACACCGUUACCCGGCGUCAGUGGAUCUUCCUCGGCGCCCAGUGAAGGGCAGCACAGCCCCCACUUUGUGGUACCUCCUUCAUCUUCAUCUUUGACUUCACCCUCCGCAUCCAGUCACACGUCUCGGACCACCGACGGGUACAACGCGUCCUCUCCGACACAAGUCUUGGAUCCCCAUGUCCCUCGCAAAAGAAUCAGGCCCACAAUUGCUCUUGACGCUAACCAGCCUCUGACUGCGCGCGGUCAACCUCGAGCCCGCGUCUACGUUGCGUGCAAUCAAUGUCGUGUUCGUAAAACGCGGUGCGACGGCGCAAAGCCGAUUUGCUCUAACUGCCACAAACGCCCCCCGGAGUUUCCGGGAGAGUGCUCUUACGAUGCGCAACCGAUCCGUCGGGGACAAGAUAAAGGCCCUGGGAUACGGUUCCGUCCAGCCGCAUCACGCCGGUCCAAACGAAGGAGAUGCUCAAGCGAUGUCGACGACGGCAGGGAUUCAGGUAGUUCUAGUCCUGAUCACGACUCUGGUGGCGCGAGUGGCGAAGACGCGGCCGCUACCCAUUUGAAUAUUUCCUACGAAAGCUCCAUCUGGCCGUCAUCAGAACCUGGGGAUCCAGAAGACUACGACCCGUUCCCUCUGGUAGACUUAGAUGACCCAAACGCAGGGACGGUGUUCGAGCUUGAGCGGUAUGCCCAGGAGAUCGAGCAGAACAUCCCCGCUCGUCCAAGUCUUCAAUUCACGCGCGACACCUGGUGGGACGUGCUGCUCACCUUUUACUCAACCGACUUCGAGUCAACAGAUGCUAUGCCCUUUGUCCCUGAGCAACGUCCAGCCACCGUCUUGCGCGUUCUUUCAGAUCUUCGGGCGCUGUUCCAUGCGUCCAUCGACUGGGUUAGCUUCAUCCAUAUACCUCGGUUCUUCGAGACGCUCUUGAACCCAACAACCCGAGGGACCAUGCAGCCCAGUCUCGUCAUCAGCGCCUUGGCUAUUGGCAUCUUCUCCCAGAGCUCCGAGGCAGAGAGGGGCUCCGCGGGCCGCGCUAAAGCUCUCAAGCUCAUCGAAACUGCGCAUAGUCUGCUCCAGGCCAGUAUGGCGUCGGGUUGGGUCAAUGUGGAGCUGAUUCAAGCAGCAUGGCUUAUCGUCUACUUCGAACUCCAGUGUCAUCCAAUGCGGUCGGCUACACGGCACCGUUCAUCGCUGCUUCUCCUGGACUCCUUGAUACGCUUGUUCUCUCUCACGACUCUAGAUGCUGACAUCAAAGGCGCCCACACCCCUGAAUUCUUUGCGCAGCUCAGCGGUGCCUCCCCUCUCCAGUCGGGAUUUCACCACGAUGCACAGCCUAUCGUACCCCCUCCACAUCUUGUGCAGUCCAUCGUCCCAGGUAACAUGACACCCGGUCUCUCAAGUACGCCACUUCUCCCUAAUUGCAACUGCGCGUCCUUGACGCUCGAAAUGAGCUGGCCAGGCGUGAGCGGGAUCGCGCCGGCGUGGGGUGGGACGCUCAUCUGGCCGGAGAACAUAUCCGAAGGAGAGUUCAGGAAGGAGGAGUGCCGUCGCCUCGUCUGGGCUACUGUCAUGGUCACCGCGAGCCUCAACGCGUACAACUCUGUGGAUAACAUCGCGGCGGACAUCGACAAGCAGAAGUUGUGGAUCAAGGACCCUGACAACUACGCGCUGCUGUUCCCUGGGGAGUCCCUUGCCAUGCACGGCGCGCCUGUGUAUGCAAACAACGUUUGGACUCUCUACCUGCGCUCGAUGGUCCUCCUGCACAGCUGCGCGCGGAAGCGAGCGGACCUCACGAUGAGCGAUGCGGAGCGCGCGCAUUUCGCGAUGCAGGCGUGGCUGGAAAUCGACGCUAUCGAUACCGCGCUCGGGCAGCAUACGUGCGAGCUGGAGCGAAAAUUUGGCUUCCAGGCGCGCGAGCUGCUGUUUAGCUGUCGGAUGUGCAUUUCGCACGAGUUCCAGAGAUAUAUCCCACGAAUCACAACAAAUAGCAGCCAAUUGUUCUAUAGGGACAAAGCUGAAGCUUGGCUGCGUCACCGAAUAUGCAUGGCAGAGUACGUGUGGAAGAGCUUGACUGAAGGAAUCCAGUCGCCGGCUCUCGAUUAUCGGAAGCCCCUGAUGAUAUACUGGUUUAUGUCACAUGUUAUCAAGUACAUUUCUUUUCCUGCAUUAUCGUCACGAACAUUUGCUCACAAAUCCAGGGCGCUGGUGCUAUGGGAGUCUGACCCGACGCUCAUCGUGGCUCUGGAGGCGUCAAAGAUCUUCUGCAAGCGUACGGAGUACUUGAUGUUGUUCUGGCCAAGCGCAGAUCAACGGAGGGAGUGGGCGGAUAUUCGCAUGACUCUCGUGACCGCAUGCUUGCAGGUCGGCAUAUCGCCUCCGGAUGCCGCACUUCCUGGCCCCAUACCGCACAUGUUCCAGCAGGCGAGGCAAGCGCAGAGCAAACAAACACCGUGAUUGUACGUGCAUAAAACCGAUAAUUUCCUGUACUAUAUCCCUUUCACAUUAUGCCUUCCUGUGUUACCC